AGUGGUACUUCCUGCUUCCCUGAACGGAGGGAGGCCUGGGAGCUGCGGGGCGUUUUUUAUUCAGGCUUGGAAACAGCAAUAGCAGCAGCAGCGAGAACAGCAUCUCUGCCAUGUACAGACACUGAAUCAGCCUCUCUGGAGAGGAGCAGCCUACGCAGACCCAGCCAGUCCUAUGGAAAUGAAGCCCCGAGCACAGCCCGCUCAAUGUGAGGGGCGGGGGGGAGUAUGCUGUUAUUAGUCUCUUGACGUGUUUUUUUUCGUUUCAUUUUUUUCUGUUUUUCGUGGUUUCUUUGUUUUCGUUGUCGUCGUUGUUGUUUCCUGGAGUUGACUAUAAGGACAGGGAGGCGCCGUGCUAACGGCAGGAGCAGCUAGGUUUUUUCCCAGAUUUUUCCAGAAACCAAGCGCAAGAUUGAGCUGCUGAUGUCAGUGAAUUCUGAGAAGUUGUCCUCUUCAGAAAGGCCCGAGCCUCAGCAGAAAGCCCCCCCUGCCCCCCCUCCCCCUCCUCCUCCUCCUCCUCUGCCCCCCGAGCCGGCUGCCCCCCCCGAACCUGAGGAGGAGAUCCUGGGCUCCGACGAUGAGGAACAGGAAGACCCAGCCGAUUACUGCAAAGGUGGGUACCACCCUGUGAAGAUCGGGGACCUCUUCAACGGGCGCUACCAUGUGAUCCGCAAGCUAGGAUGGGGCCACUUCUCCACCGUGUGGCUGUGCUGGGACAUUCAGGGAAAGGGGUUUGUGGCCAUGAAGGUUGUAAAGAGUGCCCAGCAUUACACAGAGACGGCCGUGGACGAGAUUAAACUGCUCAGAUGUGUUCGAGAGAGUGACCCCGGAGAUCCCAACAAGGACAUGGCAGUGCAGCUCAUCGACGACUUCAAGAUUUCAGGAAUCAACGGGAUCCACGUGUGCAUGGUGUUUGAGGUGCUCGGGCAUCACCUGCUGAAAUGGAUCAUCAAGUCCAACUACCAGGGCCUCCCCCUCCCAUGUGUCAAAAGCAUCAUUCGCCAGGUGCUGCAGGGUCUGGAUUACCUGCACAGUAAGUGUAAGAUCAUCCACACGGACAUCAAGCCAGAGAACAUCCUGAUGUGUGUGGACGAUGCCUUCGUGAGGAGGAUGGCAGCCGAGGCGACCGAGUGGCAGAAAGCAGGGGCGCCCCCUCCCUCCGGCUCUGCAGUGAGCACAGCGCCGCAGCUAAAGCCAGUGGGAAAGAUCUCCAAGAACAAGAAGAAGAAGCUGAAGAAGAAGCAGAAGCGUCAGGCGGCGCUGCUGGAGAGGAGGAUGCAGGAAAUCGAGGAGCUGGAGCGGCAGGCGGAGCUCACCAGAGCCCAGGAGCUGCUGCUGCAGAGCGGGAGCCCCGCCCACACAGAGCAGGGGGAGGGCAGCCCUGCCACACAGCACCCCCCAGCCAGGGCACUGCACUCCGCCCAGAGAGGAGAGGAGGAGGAGGAGGAGGAGGGAGGGUGUGAGAACCACAGCGACAGAGCAGAGGAGCGGUGUGGGGAGAAGCAGGACCAGGAGAAGGAGGAAGAGGAGGAGGAGGAGGAGGAAGAGGUGGUUUGGGAAGGAGAGGUGGAGGGAGGUGGAGAUGCCCCCUCAGCAGGGGAGAGGGAACAGCAAAAAGAGGCCUUGUCCGAGCAAACCGCAGCCUGGAUUAACACCCCUACCCCUGCCCCAGCUCUCACCCCUACCCCUACUCUCACCCCCACCCUCACCCCUACCCAUACCCUCACCCCUACCCUCACCCUCACCCCUACCCAUACCCUCACACCAACCCUCACCCCUACCCCUACCCCUACUCUCACCCCCACCCUCACCCCUACCCAUACCCUCACACCAACCCUCACCCUCACCCCUACCCCUACUCUCACCCCCACCCUCACCCCUACCCAUACCCUCACACCAACCCUCACCCUCACCCCUACCCCUACUCUCACCCCUACCCAUACCCUCACACCAACCCUCACCCUCACCCCUACCCCUACUCUCACCCCCACCCUCACCCCUACCCAUACCCUCACACCAACCCUCACCCUCACCCCUACCCCUACUCUCACCCCCACCCUCACCCCUACCCCUACCCCUACCCCUACCCCUACUCUCACCCCCACCCUCACCCCUACCCAUAUCCUUGCACCCACCCUCACACCUACCCAUACCCUCACCCCUGCUCUCACCCCUACCCCUGCUCUCACCCCUACCCCUACUCUCACCCCUACCCAUAUCCUCGCACCCACCCUCGCCACAACCCUCACCCCUUCUCUCACACCAACCCUGCUCCCUGGCGCUGCCAUCGACACCCCCAAGACUAAUGGGCACGUGCUCCUGGGGAACGGGCCCUUCUCCCUGGCAGGAGAGCAGGAAGAGGAGGAAGGAGAGGAGGAGGAGGAGGAGGAGGAUGAUGAAGAUGAUGAGGAUGAGGAUGAUGAUGAGGAAGAGGAGCCAGAGCAGCAGAGGGGGUGCUGCCCCAGCGCCGAGGCGGAGCACAGCAGCUCGGACGGCCGCUGCUCCUACAGCAGCUCUUACGAACACUUCAAUGGAGAGGCGCUCUGGCCGCCCAACGGCCGACACCGCGGCUCCUCCCCACGCUCCCCCGACUUCGAGGCGGUGCCGCCUUGUGGAGCAGACCCCUCCAACGGCACCGAGCACGAGGGCAGCAGCCUGUCCUGGGACCGCAGCAGAACUGUGUCAGCUUCCAGCACCGGGGACCAGCCCAAGGCCAAGACCCGCGCUGCCGACCUGCUGGUGAACCCCCUGGACCCCCGCAACGCAGACACGCUCCGCGUGAAGAUCGCCGACCUCGGCAAUGCCUGCUGGGUGCACAAACACUUCACUGAGGACAUCCAGACCCGGCAGUACCGCUCUAUCGAGGUUCUGAUCGGAGCCGGCUACAGCACGCCCGCGGACAUCUGGAGCACCGCCUGCAUGGCAUUUGAGCUGGCAACAGGAGAUUACCUGUUUGAGCCUCACUCUGGAGAAGACUACUCCAGGGACGAAGAUCACAUUGCAUUGAUCAUUGAACUGCUGGGAAAACUCCCCCGAAAGUUUGCUAUAUCUGGGAAAUAUGCCAAGGAGUUUUUCACCAAGAAAGGGGAGCUGCGGCACAUCACCAAGCUGAAGCCGUGGAGCCUGUUCGACGUGCUGCUGGAGAAGUACGGCUGGCCGGCCGAGCAGGCGGCCCACUUCACUGACUUCCUGCAGCCCAUGCUGGAGCUGGUGCCGGAGAAGAGGGCGUCGGCAGGGGAGUGCCUCACCCACCCCUGGCUCAGCUCCUAGCAGCAGUCCCCCUGAGGCAGGGGCCCGACCCUGCUUCUGAGAGACACGCCCUGUGCCCCGCCCUCCCCCCCCCCCCGCCCACACACACGCACGCUUCCUGAGCGGAGCAGGACAGCCAUGCUCAAUGAUGCAGACGUUCCAGUCUCUCGUUUCUGUGCACGGCGUGCUGGAGGGGAAGGGAGUUGUGAGGGGGGCAGCACUCCCACCCCUCUCUGACACUUUAAACAGGCUCACUUGGUUUUCUCUCUGUCUCUGUGUGUCUUGUGUUGUUGUGUGCGUGUGCUAAAAAAACAAAAAAACAGCGUGUCAGAUUUCUGAACCUAGUUAACAAAGAAAAUAAUUUUCCAAGUGUUUUUGGCAGUUUUUUGUAACGAUUUCUGUAUAUUUUAGCUAAUAAUGUAUUAAAUCCUGCAGUGUGGCAGAGAGUGAGGUGGAGGGGCUGGGUGCUGCAGGGGCAGCGGGUGGAUCACAGAGAGCACGCUUUUCCACAGGACCAGCAAUCAUAAGCUGCGUUUGCAUGUUCCUGAUAUUGCCUGUAUUUGAAUGGGGCUGUUACAGGUUUCUGACCUUGAUCGCAGCAAAGCAGUGCAUACACACAAUUCUGUGAUGCCAUUUGACUUUCCAUUUGAAUAAAAGGGAAACAGCAACACGCUAAAGGGGAGAGGGGGGAUGGCAAGGCUGUCUCUCACACACACAGCCCUCCACUCAGCUCCUGAGUCGGAGCAGGACGGGUCUCUCUCACACACACAGCUCCUGAGUCGGAGCAGGACAGGUCUCUCACACACACAGCCCUCCACUCAGCUCCUGAGUCGGAGCAGGACGGGUCUCUCUCACACACACAGCUCCUGAGUCGGAGCAGGACAGGUCUCUCACACACACAGCCCUCCACUCAGCUCCUGAGUCGGAGCAGGACGGGUCUCUCUCACACACACAGCUCCUGAGUCGGAGCAGGACAGGUCUCUCACACACACAGCCCUCCACUCAGCUCCUAAGUCGGAGCAGGACAGGUCUCUCUCACACACACAGCCCUCCACUCAGCUCCUGAGUCGGAGCAGGACGGGUCUCUCUCACACACACAGCCCUCCACUCAGCUCCUGAGUCGGAGCAGGACAGGUCUCUCACACACACAGCCCUCCACUCAGCUCCUAAGUCGGAGCAGGACAGGUCUCUCUCACACACACAGCCCUCCACUCAGCUCCUAAGUCGGAGCAGGACAGGUCUCUCUCACACACACAGCCCUCCACUCAGCUCCUGAGUCGGAGCAGGACGGGUCUCUCUCACACACACAGCCCUCCACUCAGCUCCUGAGUCGGAGCAGGACGGGUCUCUCUCACACACACAGCUCCUGAGUCAGAGCAGGACGGGUCUCUCACACACACAGCCCCUCCACUCAGCUCCUGCGUCAGAGCAGGAUGGGUGUCUCACACACACAGCCCCUCCGUCGGAGCAGGAUGGGUCUCUGACUGUCUUCCUGUUAAACAUUAUAUCUUGUGCUUUCCUCACACACACCCAGGGACAUGCAAUCCGCAGACAAGCGAAACUCAACCUCCCCAGCACUGCAUCCGCGUGGCAGAGCGAGCAGCACUCAGCAGCUCUGUCUCUGCUGAGUGCUGCUCUCUCUGCCAUGCGGAUGCAGUGCUGGGGAGGUUGAGUUUCGCUUGUCUGCGGAUUGCAUGUCCCUGGGUGUGUGUGUUUGCAUAAGCGGAGCCACUCAGUGAUAACUCUUUGCAAGCCUGACCCAGAACUGUGGCCUGCAAGCAGUUUUACCAGAUUGAGACCUCUGGUAGUUCUGAGGUGUACUGCAGCUGAGCCCGCUCUUCAUAGACCAUUCCAAGCCAGAGCUGUGCUGGCCGUCCCCCAUCAUGAAUGGCUCCGGCAAUCUUGUAUUAUAGCGGAGGUAUGGUUCUACAGUGACUAAAUGGAGUAUGAUGACAAAUAACACUGUAAGUGUAGAGCUGCUAUUUUGUCACACAAAAAAUCCUUUGUAUGGUAUUUUAUUUUCCUUUCUUGUAAAGUUAACAAAGAGAUAAUAUUGAAAAAAGUACAAGUUUGUACGUGAUGUGAAGCUGAAGGGUGAGGGGUGUUCAAGAGUCCUCAAUCUGUGGCACAGUGGUCUUCUCAUUGCCCCGUUACACACACAUUGCAUUCCAUGCCCCCCAGUAACAUUACAAGAAGGGUGCCCUGGUCUGUACCUGUGUCAGGGGUUCACGGUGCCCUGGUCUGUACCUGUGUCAGGGGUUCACGGUGCCCUGGUCUGUACCUGUGACAGGGGUUCACGGUGCCCUGGUCUUUGUAACUGUCGGGGAGUCACGGUGCCCUGGUCUUUGUAGUGUUGUAUAUAGAUAUUAUUUUUUCAUGAUGUUAAACUGCAUUCCUGGAGCGUGUCUGCUGGCAGCGUAGCGCCCUCUAGUGCGCGGGGGAGUGGCUCCUGAUUGUCACCUACCCUUUUGAAUCCCCCUAAACUCUCCCUCAUUCCAAUUGUCCAUUUGCCUAUUUUUGCAAUAACCUAGAUGGUGAACUAUUUCUAAAUGAAAUCUCUGGUGUUGUGACAGUAAUGUGUGUGUGUUGAGGUGCUCCUGUUUGUCUAAUGCACUGUUUGGGGGGUUGAUUUUGCCCUCCCCCUCUAUGAACUGUGCUGUUCACUGGAAUGUGUGUGAUCAAUUAAACUAUUUGCAAUAAUACUACUAAUAAUAGUAAUAAUAUGAAUGCUAGUAAUCUGAAUGACACAUCUCACAGCAGACUCUCCUGCUGUCACUCUUUCAGCCAUGCCGUCCGUUCAUCCUGACACACACAGAGACGGCGACUCUUUCUUUUGUGGUUUUCAUUGACAGAUUUAAUAAAUUGAAGUUGAAACCAAA